UUAAAGCGAGCGGUUGCGCGUUACCUGUGCACUUCCUCCAUAAUUUACCAGGUUACGUGUCAAGAGCAGAAGUUACCUCUCAAGCGUGUUGGCUAAUUAAGGGCCAAAGAUCAAGUGCUGAAGUGUUGGAGUAUCUAAUAAAAAUUCAAAUAAAAAGAUCACUACGAAAUGGCAGUCCCUGUUGGCCAAGUUCUGCCACAAGACGAGCAGCGAAUCACAUUUUGAACCUGGCCGAUUGCCAGCUGAGUGAAAACCACAGUAACCUUAGCUACAACAACGACAAUGUCGAGUGGCAGCCUGCUGGACGUGCUCUGCAGCGGGAGUGGCGCCCGGUUGGCCCUCGGAGCGUCGGUAAUCUCCUAUCUGAUUGUCUACAACGAGGCUUCCGCUCCCAGCCUGCUGGUUGGCGUUGUCUUGGCCACCAUUUAUGGUGCAAUGGCAGCCCGAUGCAAAACUAGCCUCCGCAGCCUGCAAAUGCCGUAUGUGCGGGCCACAAAUAAAUUUGACUUCAGCUGUUUGUUUCUGGCCAUCUGGCUAGAUGCUCUGGCCACCGUGUGUGCCUGCGCUGCCCUGGCGAGGACGCUCAGUGCCUGCUUGGACGCCAUGACCGGGGGUCUGGCCAGGAUUCUCAUAUUGGGCCGCAAUGCACCCGCGAAUGAGCCGUGGCCGGAUGUUCUUGGCGUGUCGGUUGUCUUCCUCGUCACUGGGAUGUUCAUGCUGGGCCUGGAGCACUCGAGGGCCUUCAGCCUCAUCCUGACUCUUGGCAUGUUUGGCUUGAACGCCAUUUUAAGCGCCGUCGGCUGGUGGCGGGGCGACAUGUUGGCCUGGUCUGCGGAUAGCUACUUCCAGCCCGAUGGCAUUAGCAGUGUCUUCCUGGCCACUGCCCUGCUCACCUACUCCUUCCCCGGCGAUUGGCCCCAACAACUUCGAAGUGGACGAUUCACGGCGACCCUAAUUACGGGAUUGGUCAGUACAUCGCUGCUGCUGACGGCCAUUUGUCUGUCCACGGUGGUGCAUUACAGAUCUCAGGAGGACUAUGUAGCCGUGCCCUUGUUCAACAUUCUAGAUGAAAACGGCUUCCAUAAGUUGGUUCCUGCCUCGGCUUGCAUGUUGCUUUUGACGAGUUCGGCGGCAUUUCUGGAGCUCUUUCCGGAACUAUAUGGUAUUGUUGUGCGACUGGCCACCUCGGAGUGGAGAAUACUGUCCAAGCAGAUCAGCUAUGAGAGCUCGGAGAGUGGUAACCCCGUGCUGGCUGUGUUCAUCGCCGGCAGCAUGUGUGCCAUGUUGGCCUUCGCCUGUCCACUGCAGCAUCUCAGUUACACAUUAGCCGCUGGCCACAUGGGUGGGGUGUUCCUGCGGGCCCUUUACCUCCUAUAUAUCCCAUACAGACCCAAGUAUAUGGCGCCCAGCAGCGAGUCUUCACUGUCGUACAGUCGCCUAUCCACAGCACCGAUUGCCAAGAGCAGCAGCUACAGCAGUGCCGCAACUUCCAGUUCUAGUCGCUUAAAGAGAAGUCUCUGGAAGAUCGGUCUGCCCAAGCACAGUAACCUAAAAAAGCCGAAGACCAAGCCCCGGAACAAACAAGAGCUGGAAAAGGAGUGGCUGCUCCUGGGCGAACCCACCUCGCCGUGUCCGCAACGAGAGGGCAGGGAUGUGGAGUCCACCAUUCUUUCCGAUGGCGAGCCACCGCCAUCUGACUUUGAGUACCCAGAUAAAUUUGACAAAAGUGACUCGGACACCUCCACCGACAUUGAUGCCAUUGUGGAUGAGUAUCGUGAGAAGAUUAAGGUAACCACCGCCGGACCUUUGGAGCGCAGUGUGCGAGUGCCAACGGUGAGUUCCUGGCGCGUGACCAUUUUCGCCAUUGUGGUGAUUGGAUUGGGCAUUGCCCUAUGCAUUGCCGGGCUCAUGAUGCACUGGGCUCCAGCAGCGUUGACCGGAGGAAUUGGAGUUCUUAUCGUGACCAUCAUGAUGGGUUUUAUACCCAAAUACACGGGCAGUGUGAUCAACGUGAGUCCCGUGAUCUGUGGAAUGUCGCUGCUGAUGGGCGUGAUCCUGUUCAGUGGUUGUGCUAUCCAUUCCUGGCCGGGAUUGCUCAUCUGGCUGAUGGCAGGGCUCGUUCUGGUGAUCAGAUGCGAUAAAUACUGUUGCAAUUGUUUUGAGCACACCACCAUAAUGAGUGCCCAGCUGAUACCUAGUGUCUCGGGAAAGAGCAACGUGGGGUCCGCGUCGGGAUCGGCAUCAAACUUAGCAGGUCCCUCCACCAGCAUCCGGAUACCCAGACCGCCCAAGGGAAUGGGCGUAGUCGGCUUGCCACAGCGCAUCAACGAGCACAGAUGACAGUCGGAGUCCUCGGAGGAGGAAGGCGAAGACCUGUUCCACGAGGACUUCAAUGUACGCGACUUUGACGAGGAGGAUGACGAAGAUUGCUGGACUGAUUAGCUUGCGCCUCUAAAAAUCCACUUAGGAAACUAUUUGAUUGCUAUGCGGAUCCCCAGGACGAUUCAGCUUCGAGCCACAUAUGCCUGAAAUUUUCUAGCUAGCUAAAUUGAUUGUCGAAAUUUACUUAUGUAUUUACAAAUACCUAGCUAGGCGAUUCUCUGUACAACUAAGUUCAGAAUA